UUUUUCUACCUCCACUUGGUGGAAUAAAUGGGUAAACCGAUAUUGAACCAAAAUAAUGGGCUUUUGUUACCUCGCAUGAGGCCCAUUAGAGACCUAGCAUAAUCAUCUCGGAUAAACGGGAACACAUUUUUGCUUUUAUUUCUUUGGACUUUGGAGGAAUAAAGGAAUCUGUCAUGUUGACAUGAAAAUGUGAAAAGUUAAAAUUCGAAUAUAAAUAAAUAAUGUAUCAACGGUGAGAAAGCGUUGUACACGUCGUUUUAUUCUAAAGAAUAUUAUAAUUUUUAAGCGUUUUUGAACAAUGUUGCUAGUAUCUGUGGAAUUCUGUAUACUAUAUGCAUAUGAACUAAAAUUUGGAGUUAUAAAUUAUAUAUAAAUAACAUAACAUACUGAUAAAAUUUUGAUAUACAAAUAUGAAAGUAAAAUAUGCCUAAAGUAUUUAUGUAAGUUAUAUAACGUACGACACAUUUUAGAUAUACAGUAUAUGUAAUAUAGAUCGAAUAUGCCUUGAAGAAUUUUCCACGUAUGUUUCUUGAAAAUGUAUUGGAUAAAGUAAUAUAACGAGUGAGAACGCGUUGUACACGUAGUUUUAUUCUGAAGAAUAUUAUAAAUGUUUCAGCGUUUUAUAACAAUGUUGCUUUCUGUGGAAUUCUGUACAUACAUAUGCAUAUCAGCAUAUGAACUAAAAUUUGGAUAUAUAUAACUAUAUAGCAUAACAUAUUGAUAAAAGAUCAGAUAAACAAAUAUGAAGGUAUAUAAUAUGCCCUGAGGUAUGUUCAACAUAAGUUAUAUAACGUAUAAUACAUUUUAGAUAUUUAAUAUAUAAAUAUACAUAAUAGAUCGAAUAUGACUUGAAGAAUUUUCUACGUAUGUUUUCGAAAAUAUAUAAGAUAAUGACAUAAAGGAGAGUAUUCUUUAUAUUUGACCAAUUGUUAUCAGAUUAAACUAGCUGCUUUACGUAUGCUUUCAGAUUAGAUUCUUGGCCAUUUCUUUUUGGCAUUGAAAUACUCAGGUUAAAUGUGUAAAAUGGUUCUUCUAGCUAGCUUUACACAUUGUUACUGUUAUGGUGUGAUCGUAACCUAUUUAACCUAACUUCUUUUGGACACAUGAUAUCAUUAAGUAGUAGUCAAGAAACACAUUGAUUAAUUUAUAUUAUAAACAAAAACAUGUAUUUGAUGAUUUUUUUGAAACCAUGCACCAUGUAUUUGAUGAUAUUGUAUCUUAAAAUUUACGAAAUGAAAGUUAUACCUAUAUAUAUAUAUAUAUAUUAUAUGGCGGUAUAAAGCUUAUAACUAGUACCAAAAUAUUGUAGACAGUAGAUGAUUUGAAUUUAAUCUGUAGGAAUAUAUGGCUCAUACCACAAGAAUGUUUUCUCCUCUUUGUAGUUCCACUUGGGUUUCUCUUUUGAUUUUAGAGUCACCAGUUGUGUUAAUGGAACAGAUAUACGAUCUUAGUCUACGAGAAAUAAAAGUAAAUACCACGUCACAUCGCAUUUGAAAUCCACAAAAGAUUUGCAUUCAUAUCAUCCAAGUUUUUCAUAUAAUUCCAUAAAUUGAAAAAACCUGUGAAAAAUGAUAUACCUUGAAGUGUGGCUAAAAAGAGUGCAAGUAUGGGUGAAAGUGGAUACAAUGGGCGGAGUGACGAUUGCCACACGCCGCGGGAGAUACAAACUCUGUAUCGUUCUACAAAAGAAUUUUUAAAUAAGAGAGCAAGAUGCGUCCAUCAGGCUGUCAAACUCAAAUCUUCAAAGUACAGUUUUGGCAGAGAUUGACCAUGACCCGGUAAUGUUUUGAAAAUUUAUUACAAAAUGCUAUGAGUUCGGAAAUGUAUACAGAUAACAUAGUGUCGUUUUAUGUCAAAUCGUUCUUGAAUAUCAUGAUGGUGUUUUCCAUCUCUGGGCUAUACUCAAAUUAAUGUAGCUAUGUCAAUAUAGCUUUGAGUAGUGGUCAACUAUUGAAUCACGACCCCGAACAAGUAAACCAUAUCAGUGAUUCCUACCCUUUUUUUUGUUUUCAAUAAAGAUGCUUAUUUUUGAAAUAUAAACUAAUAUGCACAUUUGCACUCGUUGUGAGUUCCAUAGCAACAAAAUGACUCAACUUUUAGAAGUUCUUUACUCCUACGAUUUGUUAUAUAUUAGUACCAAGUUACUGCCAGACAGUCCAGACCCAUAAAAUUAGCACACACGAGCAACCCUAGUCGUGCAUGCAUGUGUGUGGUUUGUAUGAACAAAUAAAAACGCAUGUAAGUGGAACUUAUGGGCAGAAACUAAAGAAAGAUGAACAUUAAAGAUACCAGUCGACCAAUCUUUAUUAUCCACUAACUAUUUUUCCAUGUUGAUCAAUAUGGCUUCUAAUUAUAAAUUAAAGCGACUCAAAGCAUUCUUUGGAUCUUUUAGCCGAAUAACUUUACAUUUGGCCUCACCUAAUAUAUUAGUUCAUGCCGACCAACGAAAGUAGUGUGUCUGUUUCUCUUUGUUAAUUAUUGAUAUGUGUGUGUAUUUGUAAACACAACCUUGUAAUUGUAAAUGUAAAAUGUAACCUAGAGAAGAAUUCGGACAAUAGACUUUGAGACAAAAGUCCGUAGGUAUCUCUACAAUACAUGAAAAUGAAGCAAUGUACAGUAUUUUUAUACACACGUGAUUUAUGGCAGUUUAAUUAUCUGUAGAAUCUUUCUCGGAACCAUGUGACCGUAUUAAAUGCGAUAUUACGUGUAAGCUAAUCAUAGUCAUAUUUGUUUAUUAGUAGUUGAGUAAGCGCCGUUCUUAUUUUCAUGCACAUGUGAUCAGUACCGUGCGAAGAGUUUUAGGGGCCUAAGUCAAGUUUUAAAAAUAAAUUUAUUUACAACCGUAUUAAAAAUAAUUUUCUAAUAUGAUAUAUUAUUUUCACCAAAUACACAAGUCUAAUAUUGUAAAAGAAUGAGUUUAUAACGUAAAUAUGUUAUAUUAUGUCAUAUAGAAAAAAAUACAUGAAUUCAAAAAAUGAAUUAAUUAAUUUUCGUAGAAAUGUUUUUUUUUUUAAAUAAGUCUAAACCACUAUACUAAAAAUUAUUUUAAAUUUUAGGGCCCUAAAAACAGUCAUAUUAAUCGGGGGCCUGAGACGAAUGCCUUUUUUAAUACACUGUAGACACGCCUCUGCAUGUGAUAAUUAGUUUUAUCGAAUGGGAUUAUGGCAAUUUGCAUGUAUGAGAGUAUAGGCGCUAAACAAAAACAAGAUACAAUUAAAUAUCUGUUUAUUUAGAAUAUCCGUAGAGUCGACUGCUAGAUUUGUUUUAUUUCUGAGAAAGUAAAAUUCAAAACAAGAUGUUUCUAUUAUAAUUUGUCACUUAUAUCUGGCCUGCUGCACGAUAGUUAAUUGUUCAAUGUUCGUAACAAUUAUUAUGCGUUAGUAUAUUUUGUUAUCGGGUGCAAAAUCAAUUAUUACAUAAAGUUAUUUUUAACAUGAAAUAUAUUCUGAAAAUAGAUAUAUCCUACAAGUUCACUAUAUAUGCAUAUAUAUAAAUACAACAAACCGAACUAAAAAAAUAAAAAUGGAAUCAUAAUACCGUUUCGGUAGAAAAUAUAUAGUAAAUUUACCAAAGUUUUCUGGGUCAGGUGACCUCACUCCAAAGUAUAUAUGUACAUAUAAUUUGAAAGAGUCGAGAUUAUAUGCAUUUUGGAAAAUAACAUACUGUAUAUGGUUUUAUCAAUCGUUAAACAAAAUCAAACUUGCUCUCUGUUAAGGGGUAUAAUUAAACCGUUCUAUUUAAUGUUGUGCUAUUGAUAGAAAAUGUACAAAAAGUAGAACUGGUUUUGAAAGAAAUCGUAGCGUGUCAUUUUAAUGAAACGGUGAGAUGCACGGGAGAUAUAUAAAUAAUCAGUUUCUUUGUGGUAAUAAUAUAUACCAAAAUGUUUUUUUUGUCUGAAUUUUUAAUAUACCAAAAUGUUGGUGAAGGAAAGAAAAGAGCAAAGUGGUAAUCAGAUCGGUAGAUAUACGGAUUCCAUACGGUUCACGUGAAAACGUGAUUCAUUCUUACAUCACUAUUUCAUUUUGCCCGGUCCAAUUUACUCUUUCUUAAUUUACUCUCUGUUUUGUUUAAUAACAGCUUAACUCGUUCAAACUUUUUUAUUUCUCUGUGAAAUUGUUCAAACACACAAUAUAAAUUUUCUUGAAUAUAUGAGUUUACUUUUAUUUUAUUAUCCUGGAGUGAUCAUACACUUGAAUUUAUACUAACCUUUACUUUUGACACUUAACUUUUAACAGAAAAUUUCAGAAUUGAAAGGUCAACAAUUGUUGUGUUUAAUAAUCAUACCAAUUCAAAAUUAGACCCCUAAAACAAUGAUUUGACAAAUUUUAGCCAAAAAAAAAAACAAUUAUUUGAAAGAAAACAAAAAAGGGGAAAGAAAGUCUAUAAAAAGAGACGCUUGGGGAGAUGCAUGGGUCCACUUCCUUCCUUCUUCUAACUACUUUCUCUCAGUCUUCUCACAUUUCUCUAUCUGAUCGAGAAAAAUGGAUUCGAUCUCUUUCGCCAACGUGAAAGCAGAGAAAGCCAAGGCGCUGCAUCGUUUCCAGCGCAUUGGUUUCCUCUUCCGCGCAGCAGAGAUCUGCCUUGCUCUUCUCUUGCUCUGUUGGAUCUUCUCCUCCCUUCCUUUCGCCGCUCGUAUCUCCGGCGAGUUUCUCCGUCGUCUCGCUUGCGUCGUCUCCUCUCCUCUCUUCAUCUUCGUCCUCGGUAACUCCAUCGUCGUCGCCCUUCUCACCACCAAAUCCACCGUCUUCUCCAGCGGUGGCGACGGCGGAGGAGAGGCGGAUAUCUACGACGUGUUCAUCAGAUCCGGUGAGAAUCGCGCCAGUUCUUCCGACGUUAGAGAUAUCCCGGAAGAGCCCACCGUUUACUACGACAAACAGAUGAUCGGCACUGAAACAGAAUCGGUUUCAAAUUCAAUUCCGACGGUGGCGCGUGAAGAUCACGUGACAACCGAACCGGAGAAGGAAACGGUUACGGUUACUGAUGUAGUGAAGGAUUAUUCUCCUCCUCCGACAAAAGUCUAUCGAAGAAGCAAAUCGGAAAAACAGAGACAAGAUACUGUGACGAAGCCUUCGCUCCGGCGAUCGGAGACAGAGAAGUGCCGUGAAACCGUUAAGCAGUGCGAAGAAGUGCCGUUUCCGGAGGAUAAUCUGACAAACGAAGAGUUUCAGAAAACGAUCGAAGCAUUCAUCGCCAAACAGUUGAUUUUCCGUCGCCGAGAAUCCCUCGCCGUCGUUAUCCCAUAACCACAUCUAAAAUGAGUGCAUAUAUUAUAUAUACAUAACUAUAUAUGUAUGUAUCUUCGAGUUCGAACCAACAAGCACAGUUUUGUAAGGAAAGGACAAAUUUAACGGAUAGAAGAUUGAUCGAUCUCUGUUUUGUCCUUUCCUUGGUGGUUCGAAUACGUAUAGCUUCUAAAAUGUUCGAAUCAAGUUUGUUUUAAAGAUUUUGCAUUUAGAACAUGAACAAUAUGAAUAGCGCUUCUCUGUUUCUCCUAAUGUUCACAAUUUUUAAAUAAUUACAUAAUUUCUUGUCCUU